CCAGGGGAAACUUGUUGGGAUUAGAUGGGACAACUUCAAACCGUUAAUAUUUCUCCCCAUUCAUUGGUCUGCAUUGCAUCAUUUAAACCAGUUUCUGACCAAUCAAAUCGGAGAUAAAUAUGGAGAUAGCAAGGUCCAUUUGACCCCGCUGUCGUGCUCUUCUACAUCAAGAAAAGACGAAAAGACAGCAAAACAAGAAAACGAGACAUUUCAUCUUCAUUCUUCAUCUCUGGCGAUCGCUGAUUCCCUUCGGACCCCAACUUAAUUUGAACUAUGGGACACACUCAAUUCAUCAACUGUCGAAAAUGUAUCCAUGGUGACCUACUCGACACUCCCCUUACCAUCGACGACAAAGGCAUGAUAAUCCCCAACGAGGAGUGUAACCCCGAUGCCCAAGUGGUAGAUCUCGAGAACCAUAUCGUCGCUCCUGGUUUCAUCGAUUUACAAAUCAAUGGUGCCGUGGGCUUUCAUUUUACAGAAUAUGUCGAUCCGAUCAGCUACCAAGAUGGUGUACGGAAAUUAUCGCAAUAUCUUCCAAGCACAGGAGUAACUGCAUUUUACCCCACAGUACCUACGGUUGAGCCUGAUGUCUUCCGCAAUGUCCUACCGUUUCUAAGACCAUUUGAUUCAGCCACUGGUGCGAGUGUUUUAGGUGCGCAUGUCGAAGGACCGUUCCUGGCUCCGAGUAAGAAAGGUGCUCAUAAUGCGAAGAAUUUGCAUAUUCCCGAGUCAUCGUCGCUUGAAACCGUCUAUGGUGAACACAACCUCUGCACUGCCAUUAAGCUUGUGACCAUGGCCCCGGAGCUACCGGGCGCAUCGAAACUUAUCUCGUUAUUGAGCCAUCUCUAUGGUAUCAAGGUGAGUAUGGGACACAGUGCAGCUAGUUACGAUGAGGGACUCGCGGGCAUAAAGGCUGGUGCAAAUCUUCUGACGCAUACAUUUAAUGCUAUGAAUCCUUUGCAUCAUAGAGAACCUGGCUUGGCCGGUAAGUUGGCAUAAUUGUACGUGGAAUUGACCACUGAACAUUCAUAGGUAUUAUAUCAAGUGGGACUGUAUAUUUCUCGUUGAUCGCCGAUGCUAUUCAGUAGGUACAAUAUUUGACUCUGAUGGAUGUAAAAUUGUGCUUGAGAUGUGUGAUAACUUUCAUAUCAAGAUCUGUUUCUUUCCAAACGACUCAAUUGUGUUAAACCCCCAUUCCUUUCGUGGUAAUGAUUGCAAAAUUGAUCGCUAGGCUUUCCACUCUUGGGCAAUUCCACUUCUUCCAUUCUUGUUUUCCUUUCUUUAUUUUUAAUUUUCAUAACUGUUUCCUUGCCUACUACCCCAUCUCCUGCUAACAACCAAAAGUCUCCAUCCAUCAAUCAUCUCCCUCGCCUACCACUCCUGUCCCAACAAAGCCAUCCUAAUAACAGAUUCCGUCGAGCUCUCCGGACUCCCCGAUGGUUUAUAUCCCGGGCAUGCCCAGAUCCCAAAGCCACAACUCAAAACCGGAAAUAAAGUUACCAUUUCCGGAACGGAAACCCUAGUAGGCACUUGUAUUACACUAGAUGAAUGUGUAAGGAAUCUCAAAGAAUGGGCCAAAAUACCUAUUCAAAAGGCCAUAAUGACUGUUACUGAAAAUGUAGCGGAUGCAAUGGAUUUAAAGUAUAGAGGAAAGUUGGAAGGAGGUAGAAGGGGAGAUUUUGUGGUGAUGAAUGAAUGGGGGGUGGUGAGGGAGACUUGGAUUUUGGGGAAGAAGGUGUGGAGUAUGAAUUGUAAUUGAAUUUAUAUAAUUAAUAUAUCUCAACUGUCUAGGUUUCUUAUACAAAGUACCGAACAGCUCGCCCCCAACCAUCUAUUCUACCAAAUCCCCCCAACACUUUAUUUGAAUCCAAUAUUUCCUCUUAAUCAUAUAUCUUAUUCAGAGGCACUUAUCACUUUUAUAAUUAUAAUA